UGCGUGAGCUCUGCGCAAUGAGAGCUGCAGGUAGUCCGCCAUUGCUGUAUGAAGAACUAUCGGAUUUGGCGUUUGGCUGUCAACAAUAAACUUGCGGUGCCGGGACGCGGAGCUACGAGGUCGAGUGAAAGCUCGUCGGCUGCUCCAUACACCAUUAGUCACCCCUGUCCCUCCCUGGACAAUACUUUCAUGUGAAUACGGAGCCCACGGACGAGCCAACCAUGUCUAAUCUCAGCAAAGGCGGCACCAAGAAGGACACCAAAAUGAGGAUACGGGCCUUUCCUAUGACGAUGGAUGAGAAGUACGUCAACAAUAUCUGGGACCUUCUGAAGAAUGCCAUCCAGGAGAUUCAGAGGAAGAACAACAGCGGCCUGAGUUUCGAGGAACUGUACAGGAACGCCUACACAAUGGUACUCCACAAACAUGGAGAGAAGCUGUACACGGGCUUGCGGGAGGUCGUCACUGAACACCUUAUCAACAAAGUACGAGAAGAUGUCCUCAACUCCCUAAACAAUAACUUCCUCCAAACCUUAAAUCAGGCCUGGAAUGACCAUCAAACAGCGAUGGUGAUGAUCAGAGACAUCCUUAUGUAUAUGGACCGGGUGUACGUACAGCAGAACAAUGUAGAGAAUGUCUACAACUUGGGUCUUAUCAUCUUUAGGGAUCAGGUGGUUCGUUAUGGCUGCAUCAGAGACCACCUCCGACAGACUCUGCUGGACAUGAUCGCACGUGAGAGGAAGGGAGAGGUGGUGGACAGGGGGGCCAUUAGAAAUGCCUGCCAAAUGUUAAUGAUCCUCGGCCUUGAAGGGAGAUCUGUUUAUGAAGAAGACUUUGAGGCACCGUUCUUAGAAAUGUCUGCAGAAUUCUUCCAGAUGGAGAGCCAAAAGUUCCUUGCAGAAAACUGUGCCAGUGUGUACAUAAAGAAGGUGGAAGCCAGGAUCAAUGAGGAGAUUGAGCGGGUGAUGCACUGCCUGGAUAAAUCUACAGAGGAGCCUAUUGUCAAGGUGGUGGAACGUGAGCUCAUCUCCAAACACAUGAAGACAAUUGUAGAGAUGGAGAACUCAGGCCUGGUCCACAUGCUCAAAAACGGCAAGACAGACGAUUUGGCAUGCAUGUACAAGCUGUUCAGCAGGGUUCCCAAUGGGCUGAAGACCAUGUGUGAGUGUAUGAGCUCAUACCUGCGGGAGCAAGGCAAGGCCCUCGUGUCAGAGGAGGGAGAGGGAAAGAACCCUGUAGACUACAUCCAGGGUUUGCUGGACCUGAAGUCACGUUUUGACCGUUUCCUUCAGGAGUCCUUCAAUAAUGACCGUCUCUUCAAACAAACUAUUGCUGGCGACUUUGAGUACUUCCUUAACCUAAACUCUCGCUCGCCUGAGUACCUCUCACUCUUCAUUGAUGACAAACUGAAGAAAGGAGUAAAAGGGUUGACAGAGCAGGAGGUGGAGUCUAUACUGGACAAGGCCAUGGUGCUUUUCCGCUUCAUGCAGGAAAAGGACGUGUUUGAGAGGUACUACAAGCAGCACCUGGCCCGAAGGCUGCUCACAAACAAGAGCGUCUCUGAUGACUCUGAGAAGAACAUGAUCUCAAAGCUCAAGACCGAGUGCGGCUGUCAGUUCACCUCUAAACUGGAGGGCAUGUUCCGGGAUAUGAGCAUCUCCAACACCACCAUGGAUGAGUUUAGACAACAUCUACAGACAACUGGGGUGUCACUUGGAGGGGUAGAUCUCACUGUGAGAGUCCUGACCACGGGAUACUGGCCAACACAAUCAGCAACACCCAAGUGCAACAUCCCCCCUUCACCACGACAUGCAUUCGAAGUCUUUAGAAGAUUUUAUCUUGGAAAGCACAGCGGCAGGCAACUCACACUGCAGCACCAUAUGGGCUCUGCAGAUCUAAACGCCACCUUCUACGGUCCCAUCAAAAAGGAGGACGGUUCAGAGGUCGGAGUAGGAGGAGCCCAGGUAACCGGCUCCAACACCAGGAAACACAUCCUGCAGGUCUCCACCUUCCAGAUGACUAUCCUGAUGCUUUUCAACAACAGGGAGAAGUCCACCUUUGAGGAGAUCCAGCAGGAGACAGACAUCCCAGAGAGGGAGCUGGUGCGAGCGCUGCAGUCUCUGGCCUGUGGGAAGCCCACUCAGAGAGUUCUCACCAAGGAGCCCAAGUCCAAGGAGAUUGAGAAUGGCCAUGUGUUUACAGUCAAUGACCAGUUUACCUCCAAACUGCACCGUGUCAAGAUCCAGACAGUGGCUGCAAAACAGGGGGAGUCAGACCCGGAGAGGAAGGAGACGCGACAGAAAGUAGACGACGACAGGAAGCAUGAGAUUGAAGCUGCCAUCGUUCGCAUCAUGAAGUCCAGAAAGAAGAUGCAGCACAACGUCCUAGUAGCAGAGGUCACGCAGCAGUUGCGAGCACGAUUCCUCCCUAGUCCUGUAGUCAUCAAGAAGCGCAUUGAAGGACUCAUUGAGAGAGAAUAUUUGGCACGAACACCGGAGGACCGCAAAGUGUACACUUAUGUAGCAUAAAACCAGUGAAUUCAAUGAAAGCUAACAUCGAGUUGAAAGAAACUGAGAGCCUUGUCUUUUUUUUCUUUUUUUUUUGUGGACUGCUAUGCGUUUGAAAGAACUUGGAAGUGCUUUCAUCAUUGAUUCUGGGAAACACUGGGAAGCUAAACUUUUCUUCCAUAAAAUGUUUAAGAAAGAAUCAUGCAAAAGAUGGGGAAGUUUUCUAGCAAUAUUAGAUUUCUUCUGCUGAGAGAAAUGAAAAGAGGGGAUCAAGUUUUGUACAAAAUCAUGUUUCUUGUGGCCUUCGGAGAGAAUUGGAUGAGCCUGUUUGCCAAUUAACUACGUGCUGUCGAGAACAAGCGUAAAACAUGUUAAAGAAAACAUGCGGCUACAUGGAGACCAAGAACACAUUUGAAUUCACUCCCCUGUUUUAAAUGUUGAUGUCAAUGUGUUAUGUUUGUUUUUUGUGGCACAGUGACGGCUGUACAUGUUGACAGACACUCUUGGCCUCUCAGAGGAUUUUAAAUUUAAAGAAGAGAACAAAGUGUUAACUGGUACAGACCUGGUUUAUAACAGCAGUAAAAUACAUUUUGAGUACUUGAGAAAACAUGAAGAGUGCUCUAUUUAUGUUGCAAAUAUGUCUGUUUUUUGAGGUUAUUUUAAUGUGUGAUAUGAAUUAAGUGCACCUCACACCACUGAAAUAUUUAAUGCCAUUUUCAAUAUUUUAGCCAGGUCUGUACUGGUGGUUAGAGAGAUCAAGAGCUGUAGCUUCACAGCAUGCUUUUAUCUAAUGGAUCAAUCGGGGGAAUAAGACACAUAAAAGCUCCAUAAAUGGUGUUUGGUCUCUCAUGACACAUUUUUCACUUCAGGCCUGCUGUAUGAUCGGCCAAUAAAUUUAUCUCCUCUCUUUGAAUUGAAGGUUCCUUGUGGUGCAGCUUUCAAAGAGGUUUUUUGUUUUGUUUUUUCACUCAACUGAAUUUUGAACAGGUGGAACCAGUCUAGCACCGAUGUUCUAAUGUGUACAAAUUGUAAAAUAAUUAUUGUACUCACUGCGAAGGUGGAUUGUACAGGGCCUUGUUUUCAUCAUAUUAAAUGUAGAAUUAAAAAAAAUAAAGGAA